AUGGUUGACUUCCACGGAGGAGGGCUGAAUGGCAUGGAUGGAGAGAGAGGCCUGACUGGCGGACAGAGCAGGAGAUGGAGAGAAGGAGGGAGGUGUCAGUGGAUGGCGUUGGCAGUCCUGGCAGUCCUGGGGCUUCUGGUGUGGCUGGCAACUCCAGCAGACAUGGACAGGCACGGAGGCAGAAGCGGCUUCAGUGGAGCCAAACAGCCAAAGGGACAGGCUGCACCUGUUCAGGGUCACACCUCCUAUUCACGCUACCAGCGACUACUAGACGAUAGCUACAGCAUGGUGCAAAAUUGUACGGAGAUAGAUGAUGUGCUACAGAAGUACUAUCUGUCACCAUCUUAUGGCAUUGAGUUCUGCAUUGGUUUCCCCGGCAACCUUUUGGUUGUACUUGGUUACAUAUUUUGUUUGCCGAAGUGGCAGAGCUGCAAUAUUUACCUCUUCAACCUGGCAGUCUCCGACCUUAUUUUCCUCUGCACACUGCCACGCCUCUCAUACCUCUAUGCAAAUGACCAAUCAGAGACCAAUCCCUUUGCAUGCGUUAUCAACCGCUAUAUUCUGCAUGUCAAUCUUUACUCUUCCAUCCUCUUCAUGGUUUGGCUUAGCAUGGACCGCUUCCUGCUCAUAAGACAUCCAACAAGGAACCACUACCUGCUGAGGCCACGGACAGCCCUGAUCGUGACGGGGCUAAGCUGGCUAGCCGUCAAUGUGGAAGUCGCUCCAAUGAUAGCACUGAUGGUCCACGACCUGCAGGGCACAAACUGGAGCCUCUGCAAUGAUUUUGCCAGCCUAGAAGGAGAAAUCAAUAACUUCGGCUACAGCCUGGGACUAACGUUUACUGGUUACAUUCUCCCUCUGCUCGGACUUUGUGGUUUCUCUCACCAAAUUGCACAUCUGCUCCGCGUCCAGGAAAGGGCUUUACAGCGCAGGACAUCAUUCAAGCGGCCGCUCAGGGUUGUUGCAUCAGCUGCAGCCAUGUUUCUUUUUCUCUACACUCCCUACCAUGUGCUUAGAAAUGUCAGCAUAGCUUCUAUGCAGCGCUGGGCAGGGCUGCCAUUGUGUACAAAGAUGUACAUUAAGGGCCUGUACAUCUUGACCCGACCGGUGGCCUUCUUGCACAGCGUCAUCAACCCUGUGUUUUACUUCCUCAUGGGUGACAAGUUCAGAGAGCUCGUAUUUGCUAAACUCAGAACGCUCGUCAGAAAGACAGAGCAGCAAAGCACACCAGCCUGACAAAAUCCAACACAAAAUCCCUGUAUAUACACAAAAAGCACAUCCAUACAUGUGAAUUCUUACAUAUUGU